CUAGCUCUCCACCAAAAACCACCCCAUACACAAAAAUCAAUGGCUCCAAGUUUCGAAGAUGGAAACUCACUGUUCAACUUUGUUGUCAGAGAUGGCAAUGGUGUAAAGGGCAUGGUGGACUUAGGCCUAUCGAAAGUGCCUGAACAAUACAUACAACCGCCCCAUGAGCGCAUAGUGAAGCUAAAUGCAAUCUAUGCAGAUGAGCUCUCACCAAUCGAUUUGUCAAAGCUAGAUGGGCCUGACCAUGACCAAGUAGCAGAUGCCAUUGUUAAUGCUGCUGAGGUUCUUGGGUUCUUCCAAGUUGUGAACCACGGCAUGCCUGUGGAGUUGCUAGAGUCCCUUAAAAAUGCUGCACAUGAUUUCUUCGGGCAGGCGCCGGAGAAGAAGGCUGCUUAUCGGAAAGGUGUGAGCCCUAGCCCAUACGUGAAGUAUGGGACGAGCUUUGUGCCCGAGAAGGAGAAGGCAUUGGAGUGGAAGGACUAUGUAAGCAUGGUGUAUUCCAGUGAUGUUGAUGCUCUCACUUACUGGCCUAACGAGUGCAAGGAAGUUGCACUUGAGUACCUGAAGUUUUCUAUGGAUAUGGUAAAGAAAAUACUGAAAGUCUUGAUUGCAAAGCUUGGAGUGACACUAGAAGACUCAAAAAUUGAAGCGCUCAUUGGCUUGAGGAUGGUUAACAUGAAUUUCUACCCAACAUGCCCUGAUCCAGAACUCACUGUCGGAGUUGGGCGUCACUCGGACAUGGGAACCUUAACUGUGCUACUGCAAGAUGGAAUUGGUGGUUUGUAUGUGAAAGUUGAAGAAGACAUGGAUGCUGGAAGAAAGGGAGAGUGGAUUGAGAUCUCACCUGUCCCUGGUGCUCUGGUCAUCAACAUUGGAGAUACAUUACAGAUACUUAGUAAUGGAAGGUACAAAAGUGCUGAACACAGAGUGCGUACCACAAGCACCAAAUCAAGAGUGUCUGUUCCAAUUUUCACCAUCCCAAAGCAAACAGAAAGAAUUGGGCCACUCCCUGAGGUGGUGAAGAAUGAUGGAGUUGCUCGUUACCGUGAGGUGGUGUUUGAAGAUUAUAUGACCAACUUUUUUGGCAAUGCGCAUGCGGGGAAGAAGUCUCUUGAGUAUGCACAGAUUAUUAUUAGCUCCACCUCCACUUGAUGCA